CCCUGGCUGCACCAUGGCGGAAGCGGAGGAGCAGGAAACCAGGUCGCUUGAAGAGUCUACUGAUGAGUCUGAGGAAGAAGAAAGCGAAGAGGAACCCAAACUGAAGUAUGAAAGGCUCUCCAAUGGUGUCACUGAGAUUCUUCAGAAGGAUGCAGCCAGCUGCAUGACCGUCCAUGACAAGUUUUUGGCACUGGGUACACAUUACGGCAAAGUUUACUUACUUGAUGUCCAGGGGAACAUCACUCAGAAGUUUGAUGUGAGUCCUGUGAAGAUCAGCCAGAUUAGCCUGGAUGAAAGCGGAGAGCACAUGGGCGUGUGCUCAGAGGACGGCAAGGUGCAGGUAUUUGGACUGUAUACUGGAGAAGAAUUUCAUGAGACUUUUGACUGCCCUAUUAAAAUCAUUGCUGUGCACCCACACUUUGUGAGAUCCAGUUGCAAGCAGUUUGUGACCGGAGGAAAGAAGUUGCUGCUGUUUGAACGGUCUUGGAUGAGCAGGUGGAAGUCUUCUGUUCUCCACGAAGGAGAAGGGAACAUAAGAAGUGUGAAGUGGCGAGACCACCUGAUCGCUUGGGCCAACAACAUGGGUGUGAAGAUUUUUGACAUCACUUCAAAGCAAAGAAUCACCAAUGUGCCCCGAGAUGAUAUAAGUCUUCGCCCAGAUAUGUAUCCCUGUAGCCUCUGCUGGAAGGACAAUGUGACACUCAUUAUUGGUUGGGGGACUUCUAUAAAGAUCUGCUCAGUGAAGGAACGGCAUGCCGGUGAAAUGAGAGACUUGCCAAGUCGAUAUGUUGAAAUAGUGUCUCAGUUCGAAAUGGAAUUCUACAUCAGCGGACUGGCACCUCUCUGUGAUCAGUUGGUUGUGCUUUCGUACGUGAAGGAGGUAUCAGAGAAAACGGAUAAAGAAUACUGUGCCAGGCCUAGACUGGACAUCAUCCAGCCACUUCCCGAGACUUGUGAAGAGAUUUCUUCUGAUGCGCUGACAGUCAGAGGCUUUCAGGAAAAUGAAUGUAGAGAUUACCAUUUGGAAUGCGCCGAAGGAGAGCCGCUCUUCUACAUCGUCAGCCCAAGAGAUGUUGUCGUGGCCAAGGAACGAGACCAAGAUGAUCACAUAGACUGGCUCCUUGAAAAGAAGAAAUAUGAAGAAGCUCUGAUGGCAGCUGAAAUCAGCCAAAGAACUAUCAAAAGACAUAAGAUUCUGGAUAUUGGCUUGGCGUAUAUAAAUCACCUGGUGGAAAAAGGAGAGUAUGACAUGGCAGCACGCAAAUGCUUGAGAAUUCUUGGGAAAAAUGCAGCACUCUGGGAAUAUGAAGUGUAUAAGUUUAAAGAAAUCAGACAGCUUAAGGCUAUUAGUCCAUAUUUGCCAAGAGGGGAUCCAGUUCUGAAGCCACUCAUCUAUGAAAUGAUCUUACACGAAUUUUUGGAAAGUGAUUAUGAGGGCUUUGCCACAUUAAUCCAAGAAUGGCCUGGCAGUCUCUACAACACUUCAGUAAUCAUUCAAGCUGUUCGGGAUCACCUGAAGAAAGACGGUCACAACAGAACCUUACUUAAAACCCUGGCCGAACUGUACACCUAUGACACAAACUAUGGCAGUGCUCUGGAGAUAUACUUAACACUGAGACAUAAAGACGUCUUCAAGCUGAUCCAUAAGCACAACCUUUUUAGUUCUAUCAAGGACAAAAUUGUCUUAUUAAUGGAUUUUGAUUCAGAGAAAGCUGUUGACAUGCUUUUGGACAAUGAAGAUAAGAUUUCAAUUAAAAAGGUGGUGGAAGAACUAGAAAACAGGCCAGAGUUGCAGCAUGUGUAUUUGCAUAAGCUUUUCAAGAGAGACCAUCAUAAGGGGCAGUGCUACCAUGAGAAGCAGAUCAGCCUCUACGCGGAAUAUGAUCGCCCGAACCUGCUGCCAUUUCUCCGAGAUAGUACCCACUGUCCACUUGAAAAGGCUCUGGAGAUCUGUCAACAGAGGAACUUUGUGGAAGAGACAGUCUAUCUUCUGAGCCGAAUGGGUAAUAGCCGGAGUGCCCUGAAGAUGAUCAUGGAAGAAUUACAUGAUGUUGACAAAGCAAUUGAGUUUGCCAAGGAGCAAGAUGAUGCAGAGCUCUGGGAAGAUCUGAUUCUGUACUCCAUUGACAAACCACCGUUUAUUACAGGCUUGCUAAACAACAUUGGCACACACGUUGACCCAAUUCUCCUGAUUCACCGCAUUAAGGAAGGCAUGGAGAUUCCCAAUCUGAGAGAUUCCUUGGUUAAAAUCCUGCAAGACUACAAUUUGCAGAUUCUACUUCGUGAAGGCUGCAAGAAGAUUCUGGUAGCUGACUCAUUGUCAUUGUUGAAAAAAAUGCAUCGAACUCAAAUGAAGGGUGUUCUGGUGGAUGAGGAGAACAUCUGUGAAUCAUGCCUUUCCCCCAUUCUUCCGUCAGAUGCAGCAAAGCCCUUCAGCAUGGUGGUCUUCCACUGCCGGCAUAUGUUCCACAAGGAGUGCCUGCCUGUACCUAGCAUGAACUCUCCUGCACAAUUUUGCAACAUCUGCAGUGCUAAGACCCGUGGACCAGGAAGUGGGAUUUUGGAGUUGAAGAAAUAGCUGAGUUCUGCUCAGCUCUGCUCUGCUCUGCGCUCCUUCACACCACUCUUUUUGGAAAGACUGUUUUUGCAACAACAGAAGCACCGCUGGCAGCCGUGCAGCCUGUUCCGAGACGUGCGCAUGUGUAUGUUAUCUUCAGGAAGAUAAUGAUUUUCUUCUCCGCUGGUCAUCAAGAGCUUUCUCUUGGCAGUGGGUACAAGUUAGGGCUCCCUGUGCCUGGAAUAGUGGAUUCACUGUUGAUAUUCCGUUUAUUGGUUUGGUUCACUCUUUAUUAGUGUGGAAGCAUAAGUCUAGAAGUUAGAAAUGAAGUGUUCAGACUCUCAUAAAGCGUUCCAGCACAAAGGGUACUUCUGAGACUCCUGUGCAGUUGUCUGCAAACCUCACCAACUGCAUCUCACUGUUACACUGCGAGCUCCACCCCAUCUGCGCCACUGAGGACCUUCGCAGCCUGAGCUUGCUUGCCCUUUUAAAAUAUGUCUUCCAUGGUAGUUAGUGUGUCCACUGGCAUUUAAUGAAGCACUGUGGAAAUGUUCACCUGUCUGAUAGUGUCUCAGAUGUGAGCAGUCUAAUAACACGUAGCUUUGUGCUUGCAAAUUAUAUGUUCCGUGUGUCCAGAUAACGGACAUGGUCCAUGCCUGGCCCACACAGAUACUUGUGUUUGUUGAUUGAAUAAACACUAACUCUUCUCAUUGUGAA